GGUUAUAACACGACUGCUCAUAUAACUCUUCAUUCCACUGCCACUCUUUGGCUAUUCAAGAAAACUUUUUAACAUCCUCGGAUCCUCAUUGCUUAGGAUUGAGCAACACAUUGAAACAGUAAUGGCAAAAUAGAAAUUUUCGGACACCCAAUUUUCAGUAGAGAACAACAAUGGCGUAUUCAUUUUCUUCACUUCGAGUUUUUGGUUCAAUUCACUGCAGAUUCUCAAAUGGGAUUUAUUUUAAACCCUACCAUUCUUGCACUCUCAAAAGUGCUUUUUUGUUGCGUGGAAUACUUUCGUCUCCUUCAUGGUAUUCAGAUAAAAAGGUCUUGCCUUUGGAACUUCAAUCUAGUAAUUUAGUAAGAAAGGUUUGGACUUUCUCUCCUCUCUGUAUGGGCAGGCGUUCCUGCAAAAUUGCUGGCAGAAAGACUACUCAGGAUCUUAAGAAGGCAAAGCUGUACUCAAAAAUCGGGAAGGAAAUUGUUUCUGCGGCUAAGAAAGGUGGUCCCAGUCCAAUAUCUAAUACAGCUCUCGCUGCUCUGAUCGAGAAAGUUAAGGAACUUGAUAUACCCAAAGACAUUGUUGAGCGCAAUAUUAAGAGAGCUUCAGAAAAAGGACAGGAAGCUUUUAUCGAGAAGAUCUAUGAGGUGUAUGGUUAUGGUGGAGUUGGUAUCGUCAUUGAGGUCUUAACAGAUAAAGUAAACAGGUCAGUGGCAGCAGUUCGAGAAGUGGUGAAGGACAGCGGUGGGAAGAUGGCAGAUCCAGGAUCCAUUAUGUUCAAGUUCCGACGUGCUCGGGUUGCUAAUGUAAAAGUCACUGAUGUCGACCGGGACCGGCUCUUAACAAUUGCUUUAGAUGCUGGUGCUGAAGAUAUCAUUGAACCUUCAAUGGGCGAAUAUGAUACAGAAUCAGAUUCAUCUGAUAGUAGGGCUUACAAAGUCGUGUCUUCAGUGGAGAACUAUCCAGUAAUAUUAUCAAAGCUACAAGAAGGAGGAAUAGAAUUUAAACCUGACAACGGCUCUGAGCUGCUUCCUACAACUCCAAUUGAGGUAGAUGAUGAGGCUAUGGAGUUGAACAAAGAACUAAUGUCCAAAUUACUUGAACUUGAUGAUGUUGAUGCUGUGUAUACAGAUCAAAAGUAUUAGGCGAUUAUAUAACUGCAAAGUGGCAACACCUACCAACUGGUUGUUGAGGGUGUUGAAGAAUGAUAGAGACAUUCAGAACAGUAGAAUCUGUAGUCAAGUAAAUCACCCUAGCUAUUUUACUUCAACAAAGAGAGCACCAAUUUUCUCAUCUAAGUAACACAUCGCUGAUUGGCCCAAUUUUAUCAUAGGGUUUGAUCUUUCAACCGAUAAAAGGAAUCUUUAGAUGCAUUUUUUAUACAUCACGACUCAAUAAUAUUGCCUUCCCUUUGUAAUAUGAAUGUGCUUUCACCUUCUUGUAAAGACAAAUUGGCAAUAAAAUACUGUUGGUAUAUCUUUAACAGCAUGAUGAAUAAUCUCACUGUAACUUCUGUAGCUUGAGCUAGUAAAGUGAGAGCUGAGUUGCAGAGAUAUUUGUAUAAGUUUGACUGGAAUUGAAUCUACUUAAGUUCUUGUUUCUUCA